CCAUCGGAUAAUCCUCGGUGCUCGCAAUGCUGUCUAGUCGAGGGGUUGUGGAUAAGGCUAUGUGGUAGACAAGAAAAAGUUCUGCCGCAUCAAAAUCUCAGAAAAAUUCAUCACCGUCGGCACGUUUCCCAUUCAGUUUCCCGCACCCCAUACACAACGGGCAGAGUCCGACUAUCCAACUCAAGGCCGUUGCCACAAUGCUCAGGCAGAUAACACCCCGUAACGCACGCUCGAGGCGGGCCGUCGAGAAGAAAGCCCCGAAGGUGGUCGAGAACCCCAAGAUCGCUCUCUUCCUCCGCGGAACCACGUGUUCGCAAAUCAUACAGGAUGCCUUAACCGACCUCUACUCUCUGCGGCAACCGCUUGCUAAGAAGUUCACCAAGAAGAACGCGAUCCACCCCUUCGAAGACCCCGCGUCGCUCGAGUUCUUCAGCGAGAAGAACGACACGUCACUGCUCGUCUUCGGCAGCAGCUCGAAGAAGCGGCCGCACACGUUGACGAUAGCGCGUACCUUCGACGGCAAGAUUCUCGACAUGUUAGAGCUGUACCUAGACCCAGCGAGCUACCGACAGCUCGCCCAAUUCAAAAGCCGCAAGUUCGCAGUCGGCCUGCGGCCGAUGUUGCUGUUUUCGGGGACCGCGUUCGAGAGCCCUGUAGCCGACGAGUACACGAUGGCGAAGAGCCUGCUCAUCGACUUGUUCAAGGGCGACGUGGCGUCGGGCGACAGCAACAAGAUCGACGUCGAAGGGUUGCAAUACAUCGUGGCGGUCACCGCCGAGGAGCCGGUUGGCGAAGCCGUCAAGCCGGCCAUCCACCUGCGCGUCUACCUCAUAUCGACGCGGCGCAGCGGGCAGCGGCUACCCCGUGUGGAAGUCGAGGAGAUGGGGCCGCGCAUGGACUUCCGCGUAGGGCGGAUGCGGGAACCCGACGCGGAUGUCUGGAAGGAGGCGAUGCGGGUAGCAAAGACGGGCGAGGAGAAGACCAAGAAGAACAUCUCGACGGAUGCCGUCGGCGACAAGCUCGGCCGCAUCCACCUCGGCCGCCAGGAUCUCAGCGAGCUGCAGACUAGGAAGAUGAAGGGGCUGAAACGGAGCCGGGACCUGGAUCGGGAGGAGGAGGAGGAGGGGCGGGAGCAGGGGCGGCCGAAUAACCCUACCAGUAAAAAAUCUAGAAAGAUAUCCGAUGCUUGACUGAGGAAUUAUGUUUUAGGUGGUGCUACCUACUCUAUCUUGCCCACCUGGUUAUAAAAGACUACUAGGCUGCCCCUCGCAAGGAUGGUCGGAGAUCUC